AUGGUCUCUCUCAGGGUUGGUGGGGGUUUAACCAUGGAUAGAGUGCCUGUGAUUGAUCUGGAUGAAGUGUCUGACGACGUGGCGUUGCAAAAAGUGCUGAGGAGCAUACUGUUGGGCCACGAUACGUUCUUGCUGAAGAACUAUGCGAACCGGGAGAAGCUCGACUUGGAGCUUAGCCAGCUCUCGCCGAUUGAUGUCUCGCAAGGGUUUGACUCGAACUUCACCGGUGCGCUGCAGUUGGAAGACGACGUGGUCCUGGAACAGUACAUCGCUACCACGGACGCUGCGUUCAAGUUUGCGAGGGAGGCGAAGGACCCGAUGUUGAGGAAAGUGAGCUCUAGGCUGCUGAAAGUGUUGAUGUACUUCUCACAGCUGUGUCUAAGGAGUCUUGAUAUCAACGGAGUUACAUUGGAUGAUUCCCAUCACUCGACAAAGCUGGUUCGUUACUACCACCCAACUGAAGUUGAGAAAGCAGUGUUACCUGACGGGUCUGACUUGGAGUUUGAGUACGAAGCAUCAGAGUUCAACACUGUGAGAACACCAGGGAUCUUGUCUGUCAUACCCGUGGCUAGAAAUGUACGAGUGAAACCAUCCACUAUGAGCAACGAUGAAAACGUAUGGAUCACUAUAGAUGAACCCGAUUGUCUUCUGUUGCAUACCGGCGAGCUAUUGGCAAAGGAGUCUCGCCACAUGCACUCCACAUCGCCACUACAGAUUAAUAUGAAGAAGAACGUCGUCCAAUUGACUUUGCUUCCUGCUUUGGGUUACAAAUCACCAGAUGCUAACACCACGUUGGCUCAAGAUUUCCUUGAAGAACAGAUACUGGAGUUUAAAAAAGUGUCACAAGUCUACUAUCCUCGCGAAUUUUCUAUACUGCAAUUGAAAGAGAAGAUAAGUUUCGUGAAAGCAUUGUUCAAUGUUGCUGAAACAGUUGUUUCAUUACACCAGAUGUCUAGAGCUAGUAAUAGAGAUCCAUUGCUACAUGAUCUACUUCCACAAAUAUCCAAUAUGAUGAAUAGGAAAGUGUCUAGCAAUGACUUCUUAAAAAUAGUGACUGUAUGGCCACAAGCGUAUAAGGUGGAUUACAACUCUAAUGGUGAACUCAUGGUGAAUCUACCAAAAAAGGACCCCUUGGCGAUGCUAACUAACAACUCCAGAAAACUUGAUUUUGUUAAAAAGUUGGAAGAAUGGUAUGAAAACGUAACGAAAUCACAAGAGAUCCCAGACGAUAUUCCUGUUUAUAAGAUUGGUAAAAGACGUGGCAGUGAUGGGCAGGGUUCCAUUUCCAUAGCGAAUACGAACAUCAAGUUAGCUAAUACAAGACCUAUUGCCUCACCAGCCAAAUACAUAAGUAAUCCAAAAGAAAAAUUCCAAAACUUAGAACGUCCUCACGACUCGCAGGAGAAUUUACUAGAGAGAUUAAGAGAAAGAGAGAGAAGAUCUGCCGCCCUUCUAUCACAGAGAAAACACAACUACGAACAAUUCUUAACUGUAAAGAUGAAACAGGUGUUUGAGAUCAUGUACUCAUUGAGACCGAAUGAACCUUACACUGCAACGUAUUUGGCUACCUUAACCGUGGAUAGCUUGCAAAAUAGUAAUAAUCCCGUUGGAUAUGAAGAAGCAACAGAUAUCCUUGACAGACUUGAACGUCUUUUGGGGGAUAUAUUGAUUGUUCAUACAGUUGAUGGUGGUCUCAAAGUAUACAGAUGGGAACUGCUCGACAGAGACCAGUUUAUGGAACUUCUUGACAAAUACAAGAAACAUAAUACUACGAAUAUGUAA